AUGGUAACACGUCAAGAUAAAUGGUGGAUAACAAUGUCAAAUAUAGACAUUAAACAAAAUCGACAUGAAAAUAUCAAAAUAAAUAUAGGUGAACAUGUCAAACAAAUUUUUUUCGAACAUUUACAAGGUACUAAUUCAUAUGAAGAAUGGCGUGCAAAUAUUCAUCGAGAAUUAGAAGAAGAUCUUCAACGACAAGUACGAGAACUUCUUGAAGAAACUGAUCGACAAGAACGUUUAUCUAAAUUCCAACGACAAUAUAUUCGUGUUGAUGAAUGUUCACCACCAAAAUCACAAGAAUCUAUUGAUACAUGGAAUGAAAUAAAUCGUCGAAAUGAAAAUGUUCUUAAUCCAGCUAAAUCAAAACAUAUAUCACAAUCACAAAAUCAUUUUUCAACUAAUAAUCAUCAUAAUACAUUAAAUGAUUUAUCAGAUAAACCAUUUUAUUUAAAUUCUUAUCAUAGUUAUCGUCGUUUACCAGAAUCAUCACAAACUACAGAUGAUGAAAUAAAUAUAAAUCCAUCAAUAUAUAUUCAAAAAUAUACAAAUAAACAACAAUCAUCGAUUAUUUCAAAUACAAAUGAUUCAUCAAUUUUAUUUGGUAAUAGUAUAAUUAAAUCUAAUAAAGCAUCUAUUUUAAAUAUAUUCGAUCAACAAUUACUUGAUGGUGAUUAUAAAAAUAGUUAUGUUAAUAAACAUGGUAUUAGAAUUGAUGAAGAUGGUCCAUUUUGGCCAGAUAAUUAUCAGAUUCUUCAUCCAACACCAAAAUUUCUUAGUCGGGAAUUGAUACCAAAAGAAUUUUAUUUAUCAUCAUCAAUCACAAAUUAUUGUUAUUAUUAUUAUAAUGAACAAUAUGAUUAUUUGAUUAAUUCAAUAAAAGAAUAUUUACAUAAUAAACGUUUUUUAUUAUAUUCACCAUGGAAAAUAAAUGUUAAUAAUUCAGAAAGCAAUAAUCGACAAACAUAUGAUAAUCAACCAGCUAUAUAUAAAUAUCAAGAUACAUUAAAACAUCCUAUUAUCGUUUAUGAUAUGGAUAAAUCAGCAAGAGUUCAACAAAUAAAACAAUCUGAUUAUGAUCAAACAUGUCCUCAAUUAAUAUUUGAAUCACGAUUUGAAGGUGGAAAUUUACGACAAGUUAGACGUGUAGGUCAAUUUGAAUAUGAACUUAUUCUUCGACCUGAUCUUUAUACUCGAAGACAUACACAAUGGUAUUAUUUUCGUGUACAAAAUAUGAUUGCAAAUAUAACUUAUCGUUUUCGGAUUAUUAAUUUAAUGAAAAAAAGUAGUUUAUAUAGUGAUGGUAUGCAAAUUCUUCUAUUCUCUGAAGUUGAUGCAAAAAAAGAAUGUCGAAGUUGGUAUCGUGUUGGCCAUCAUAUUAAUUAUUCUGAAACCAAACAACAUUCAUAUAAUUCAUUACUUGAACGAGAUAUUAAUUAUUAUGAACUUGAUUUUCAAUUAGAAUUUUCACAUUCUGGUGAUACAUGUUAUAUAGCUCAUUGUUAUCCAUAUACAUAUACAGAUUUAAAAGAUGAUUUAGAACAUUUGUCAACGACAAGAUCACGUGACAUAUUUCGUCGAGAUAUUUUAUGUGAAUCUCAAGCAGGAAAUUCAUGUUUUAUAAUAACUGUAACAGAUGAAUCUGUACCAUUACAUAAAAAAAAAAUUGUUUUUAUUACUGCACGAAUACAUCCAGGUGAAACAAAUUCAAGUUAUAUGAUGCGCGGUUUACUUGAAUUUAUAACAUCGAAUGAUAAAACUGCUCAAAAAUUACGAUCAGAAUUAGUAUUUAAAAUAGUGCCAAUGCUUAAUCCUGAUGGUGUUAUUGUUGGUAAUUAUCGAUGUUCAUUAACAGGAAAAGACAUGAAUCGCAAUUUUCGUCAUCCACGUAAACAAGCAUUUCCUAUUAUUUAUCAUAUAAAAGAACUUAUACAAAAUCUUCAACGAGAACGAAGAGAAAUAUUGGCUUUUUGUGAUCUUCAUGGUCAUAGUCGAAAAUCGAAUGUAUUUGCCUAUGGCUGUGAUGGAUGUGAUGGACCACAACCGGAUAUGAAAAAUUUUUUAUAUGCUCGAGUUUUACCAUUUAUUAUGUCAAAAACGGCACCAGAUAUGUUUGCAUUUGAUUAUUGUAAAUUUCACAUACAUCGAUGUAAAGAAUCAACUGGCCGUGUUGUUAUGUGGAAAGAAAUGUUAAUAAAAAAUAGUUUUACAUUAGAAGCAUCAUUUGCUGGAACAAGCAUUGUAGAAAGACCAUGUCAUUUUAAUAUACAAGAUUAUGAAAAAUUUGGAGAAUGUAUUUGUAAAUCAUUAAAACAAUAUUUAGAUGUUCUACACGAUUCAACACGAUUAGAAUCAAUAUUUUUGGAUAUAACAAAAAAUGUUCUUCAUAGAUUAGAUAAAAAUAAAAUUCCAUUUGGAUUAUUACCUUCUCUUUAUCCCGAAGAAAAACAAUUAAAUCAAUCUGUAAUAUCAAUUAAUUCCGUAAGCAAUUGUUUAGAAAUUUUAACACAAUGUCAUGAAAUAAUCAAUGAUCAAGAUGCUUCAAGUUCAAGUGAUUCAGAUAGUGAUCCAGAAGGUGGUGAAUUACCUGAUAUACCAUAUUCAAAAGAGAAAGCAAUAACAAAGAAAAAAUCAAAAAAAAAACGAACUGAUAAAUCGAAUGAAGAACAUCUUCAAAAAUCAAAUCGUAAACGUCAGAUGGAUAAAACAACUCGAAUGAUACCAGAAAGAGGUUCAUUAUUUACAAGUAAAUAUGCAAAACGAAGUGGACACGGAUUACCAAUUUUUACAACUGAACGUGCAUUAGAACGUAGAAGUCAGAAAAAUAAUUCUCUUCUACAAGAUAUUAAUUAUGAUCAACAACUGAGUGAUGAAUGUGAUACCGAUAUAGGAACAGGUAUUUAUUUAACAAAAAGUAAUCGUUCACAAAUCGAUAAUUCAAAUGUGAUUGAUAAAAAUUUGCAUAUAAAACGAACAAGUUCACUUGUUUCAUAUCCACAUAAUGAAUUAGUUAAUUCAUCAUCUAAUCAAAUAAUGACAAAUAAUAUUUCAUUACAAACACCAAUAUUUCAAAAUUUACCACAAAGACGAUUAAAAAUUCUUCAUCGUUUUCAACAAGAAAAUACUAAAUCAUUAAAUAGAAAUGAAAUUGAUCAAAUAAAUAAUAUAUCACCAUCAAUAAUAACAAUGCCACAUUUUAUGGAAUUUACAAGACGUUUAAGUCGUUCAUCAUCAAUUAAUGAUAAUGAUAUAACAACAAUCGAUACACAAAUUGAUUCAAAUACAUUUAAUUCAUAUAAAAUACAUGAAACACCUAUUUUACAUACAAAAACUUCGAUUAAUAAUUCAAAUAUUAAUUUAAAAAGAAGAUUUUCACAAAAAUUAAAUAAUCAUCUUCUUAAACAACCAUUAACUUCAAUUGAUUAUAUAAUUAAAGAACGACCAAUUAAUUCUAUACAAGAUAACAAUUAUCAGAAUCAAUCAAAUGAAACUCAACGUCUUAAUCAAAUUCUUAAAAAACAAUUUUAUUUACCAUUUGAAAAAAACAAAAGAUUAUAA